AUAAUUUUCUCAUCCCGGCUUCACUUGUGUUCGUGUCGUCGCUGAAAAACAACGCAGGCCGGUCAGUCCAAGUUCGCCGCACUUAUGACGGCGUAAUGCCGUUGUCAAUUUUCCGGUAUGGGAGUUAUGCUUUAGCAUCGCUGUUAAUCCGGUGCUUCAGGUCACAAGCAGCAUUGAAAGCAUUGGCUAAAGCAUCGGAAGACAAAAUCCCAAAUCUCAUCCUCUACAAUUAUCCUUCAUUUUCCGGGGCUUUUGCCGCGCUUUUCACUCACCUCUAUCACUCUCGUCUCAACAUACCUUACCUCGUCUUGCCUUUCUCUUCCGUCGAACCCUUCAGAGUUGAAGACUUGUGUAUUGACGGGCUGCAAAAUUGCUACUUCCUUGAUUUUGUUGGUCCAAAAGGAUAUGCAGAGGAGCUUGCUCAGCGGACGUCAUGCCAGAUAGUUGGGUUUGAUCACCGGAAGUCUGCUCUAUCCAAGAUCCCUUUGAAUCAAAGCUCUUGUGGGAGUCUCACAUUUCAUGUCAAUCUCGAGAAAACUAGUUCAGUUGCUGUUUAUGAACAUUUCUCUUCUAAACUUUCAGAGGUUGGAUCCAAUAAGGGGGAUGCUAUCAGCUUGCUAAAUUCUACUUUUCAAGAUCAAGUUGAAAAUGUUCUAAAAUAUAUAGAAGAUGGAGAUCUUCACAGGUGGAGUUUGCCUGAUAUUAGGGCCUUUGGAAUUGGAAUUAACCAGUGGCGUUCAAAAUUGAACUGCAUCACUAAUCCACAUAUGUAUAAACAGCUAAUGGGGAUCCGCACUGGUGAUUUAAUUGCUACUGGGAACUCCCAUAUUUCAAAUAAACUGGCUGCGGCACACAAGUUGCUGGAUAAGUUUUUCAAAAUUCGGCUGGGGAGAGGACUUUAUGGUGAAUGCUUGGGGGUUAGAGCUGAUGGCAAUCCAGACCUGAGUGAUGAAAUUGGCAAGGAACUAAGCAAGAAAAGCGCUUCAGUUGGACUCAGGCCUAUAGGAGCAGUCAUAUACCUUCAGCGGAAGAAUCUCAAGAUGUGUCUGAGGACUUUCGAUGCUGCUACUGAUACUUCAGAAGUUGCCAAGGCAUAUGGUGGAGGUGGUUCUCCUAGUUCUAGCUCAUUUAUAAUUCGGAUGGAUGAGUAUAACCAGUGGCGCUCAGUGCAUUCAUCCUAAAUGGGGUACAAUAUGAAUUUCCAUCCUCUUCAUAGUUAAGCCAACUCAUAUAUGAAUCAUUGAAUUCGUUUUAAAUGUUUAUGUGAGAUAGAUGCGUUCUCGAAGUAAUCAUUUAGCUUAGGCAGAUUAGAGGUAGUAUAUACUUAAAAUGGCAUCAAGGGAAUGCAGAAGUGCAAAAAGACAAAAUGUACAUCAAGAAAGGAGCAAGAAGAGGGAUGAGAUCUUGGAGGGACCAUCAGCUAGUUGAAAGGACAUCUUUCUCUCUUUUUUUUCCAAUUGGAAGUUGACUAGGAAAGUUUGAAUAGUCUGUAAUUUAGUGAAAUUGAAUUGUGAUGCAGAGACCUAUAAUGAAUUGUUAGUGCAUCCUCCAUUUAAAUUACAUUGUCUUAUUUUCCUUUUUAA